AAGAAAGAAAGAAAAAAAAAAUGAAAAGACUUUUUGGUUCGACAAAAAGACAAACAAAGCCAACACUUAAUGAUGCGAUAUCUAAUACUGAAGUACGAGUUGAUGCUAUUGAAGUUAAGAUAAAAAAAUUAGAUGCAGAACUUACAAGAUAUCGCGAUCAGUUAAAGAAAAUGAGAGAUGGACCAGCAAAAAAAAAUGUUCAACAAAAAGCUUUACGAGUAUUGAAACAAAAGAAACUAUAUGAAGCACAACGUGAUAACCUGCAACAACAGUCUUUUAACAUGGAGCAAGCCCAAAUGACAACUGAAAACUUACGAAAUGUAAUGGCAACAGUGGACGCAAUGCAAAUUGCAAAUAAGGAAAUGAAGAAACAAUACAAAAAUGUGAAUUUAGAUAAAAUUGAUCAAUUGCAAGAUGAAAUGGAGGAUUUGUUGGAACAAGCUAAUGAAUUACAAGAAACUGUGGGUAGAUCAUACAAUUUACCUGAUGAUAUUGAUGAAGAAGAUCUUGAAGCAGAAUUGGAUGCACUUGGAGAUGAGUUAGAAUUCGAAGAAGAAGAAGUACCUUCGUAUUUACAAGAAGAUAUAGAACUGCCAAAGACGGCUGAAACUGAUCCCAAUUCGGCACAGGAUGUAAAACUAGAUGAAUUUGGUUUACCAGUAGCUGCAGAAACACCUAUGAAAGCAUAAAUUUUCCUCAAGCUUUCAUUUGUUAUGUUUUUUACAAUAAAGAUGAGUCUUGAUAUCCAAUCAUAUUGUACAUUUUAUUUUAUUUCUUGAAUAAAUAAAUAAAAAAAUAAAUAAAUGUUGUUUGGCAUAUUCUUUUUUAUUCAAG